GUGAAGUUCUCCACGGUGGAAACAGGUGAAACGUCGGAUGGACUCGUUUAACCGCGGCGACACCGCGGGGCGGAGGUGAGGGGGAGGAGGACAGAAGCAUCGACGACCGUCCGAUUUCCUUGGGCCAGCUCUAGGUCCUCGCCUCCCCCUUUUCUUCACGCCGUCAGGUGAAAACGUGUCGUGGUACGCGGAGCAAUCGCUGGCGAUCCUCGCGACUACCGCAAACACGGCCAUUCGACCGCGGAACCACCUUCCGUCCUGGACGGCCCAAGGACCCGUAGACCCGAGGCAUAGUUCCUGCCACCUGCCACCAAGAUCGACGAACGUCACCAUGAGGAUCAAAAUGCCCGCGGUCAGGAUCGCGCAAGCGGAAACCUCGCAAGGCACCACAUCCCCAGACACCGUCCAAUGCGGGGGCUGCAGGGUGUCCUACCCCCUUGGCGAGAUCGUGCGGUUCAUCGAGCACAAGGUGAACCACUGUCGCAGCACGCUUCAGGGCUGCCACAGUCCGCCGGCCACCGCCGCGCCGGAGGACUCCGACCCAGAGGACGCGCUAGCCCUGAAGACCGGCGACCAGGAUUCAAAGCUGAACUCGGUGCCCAGCAUCUCGGCGCCCAUCAACAAGAGGGGCGGAGGCAGGCUGGAGAGCCCUCCGACGCCUCAGGGCUCCGGCCCGGAUACUGGCAGCCCGAUCGAGCUGAAGGCUAGCGCCAGCUCCACACCUAAGAGACGGACGGAGGCCUCCGACGAAGACAAGGAGGACCUGCCGAAGAAACAGAAGACGGAGUCCGUGGACGCAGACACGAACACGGUCAAUUCUGAACCCCGAUGGCUGCAAUGCUCGCAGUGCUCCAGAAGACUAACCUCAGCCUGGGAGCUGCUGCAGCACGUGCAGAGUGUGCACGGCGCCAGGCUAUACACCUCCCCGUCGUCGUCGACGAACUCAUCGUCGAACACGCCAGCGCCGAGUCCGCCGACGCCCACUCCCACUCACACGCACCACCUGAGUCCACCGAACCACCUGAACCUGAGCAGCAAAUCCACGGGAAGCUCGUCCACGGGCAACUCGUCUGGCGGCACGAACUCGAGCGGUAGCAGUGGCGGCAGACAGCAACUGCAAUCCUCGGCAUCCCUGGUCGGCGAUCCCCUGCACAGUUUUCUAAGGCUACCUCAACACCUCGAACGAAGCUUCCCGCCUAUGUUCAGGCCGGACUUCCUGGCCCUGAAUCCGCUGGCCGGGUACAGGGGCCUGCAGGAACUGCAGACGGCGACCAGGAACCUCCAGAACCUGGGCGAUCCUCUACGAGGCAUGGACGGUCUGAACCUCGGCGACCCCUUGGUCCGCAGUUCAUUGGACUCGUUGAACAACGCCCGGAACCUGGCGAACUUGGCCGAGCUGUCUCACGGCCGUGGUCUUGCCGGCCAGGCCCAUCCUCCUCCACUAGAGGCCAAUCUGGAUUUUUACUCGGCGCGCCUAAGGAGCCUCGCUAAUCCGUCCUUAGGCGCGGCUCCACCCAGUAGCGGUAACCCUACGACAAACUCCAAUCCUCCCGCCCCGGUACCAGCUGUGCCUGUACCGAGCACCGUCCAGCAGCAGCAACAGCAGCAACAGCAGCAGCAGCCACCAGCCCAGAAUCACAGCCAGCCCGUGGAACCACCUAGCCCGGCACCCAACAACCCUGUCAUCAUAACGCAUAAUAAUCAUCAGAAAGAGAACUCGCCACCCUGCUACAGUCAGAGUCCAGUUGUGCAUCACAACAACAACAACUCUACCGACAGCGAGAAGACCAGUCCACCUGUAGCCUCCACGCCUAUCAUAGCAGACUCUGCGUCGGAGACCAUCUACUCCUGCGAGGUCUGUGACAAGAAAUUCCGCUUCCAGUCCAACCUCGUCGUUCAUCGACGGAGUCAUCGAGAUAAAGAGAGACAGUAUCAGCAAGACGGCACGCAGGAUGGACAAACAACGCCGACCAGGUGCGAGGUGUGCGAGAUGGAGAUAGCCAGUUUCGCAGAGCUCAGGAAACACAUGAGAAAGGAACACCAGGAGAACAUGAACGCCGCUAGUCCCCAAGGCAGUGUCGAGACGGUCCCCGAUGACGGGUCUAGUUGCGACGAGAAUAUGGACCUCGACGAGGCUGAGGAGAACGAGCAGAAGGCUGACAGAGAGGACACCGAGGAGAACACACCGGAGGAUCUCAGCACUACGCAAGGUCAGAGCGGCGAGGAGAGCGGCGGAAGGGUGGAGCAGAAGCCUGCCAGCCUGGUCGGCGACCUGAUGGAGAAGUUCGGGUUGAGCAACAUAGCGCAGUACUCGGAAGCUUACAGGCAGGCUCUGCAAGAGAACCACCGCGGCGGAUUCAUCAAGACGGAGCCCCCGUCGAACCUGACCAACUCGCUGAACAACAACAAGGAGAAAGACAGCGCCCUGUCGCCCACGAACUUCAAUUCCUCGACCACGCCUAACAUAUUCUCCGGUCAGGGUUUUCCCAGGUCCUCGGGACCGGACUUUGGCGGCCUGUGGCUGCCAAGUCCCCAUUACCUGGAGAACAACGAGUUCCGCAAAGCGACCAAGGCCACCACGUCGAGCCUCGCCCUGCAGGGUCUGCCCAGUCCGUUGUUGAAGAAGGAACGGAGCGGGAGGAACGACACGUGCGAGUAUUGCGGCAAGGUGUUCAAGAACUGUUCCAACUUGACUGUGCACAGGCGGUCGCACACCGGCGAGAAACCGUACAAGUGCGAGCUUUGCUCGUACGCGUGCGCGCAGAGCUCGAAGCUGACCAGGCACAUGAAGACUCACGGUAGACACGGCAAGGAUACGUACAAGUGUCGAUUCUGCGAGAUGCCGUUCUCCGUGCCCAGUACGCUGGAGAAGCACAUGAGGAAGUGCGUGGUGGUGGUGCAACAGGGCCCGAAAUUGGGCAUGCCCUACCCUGGCAGCCAGGACGAGGACUCUUCGCUGAGUACCAAGGACACUUGAUCUUGGAACGGAAGCCUACCGCCGAUCCCGCCAUUGUGGCCUCACAGGCCACCCUAUCCGGUGUACUGAACAGGGGAUCCUGUUCCUCUGCAGCGAGAGGACGGAGAUAACGACAGAAGAGGCGAAUCCUGACCGAGUGAGUUGCUCGACGACGACGACAGACCUUGUGCGACGAGUCGCGUGCAGCGUGUUGGACAUGGUACGCGUGAGGAUGGUCCAUGUACCCCGGAGGAUCUGCCUUGGUCAACUGUCCGUGGUCGCCUCUGAGGAUUGGGAGAGGCGGUAGGUCGGCGAACGAGGAACCAGCUGAUCGACAAGACCUGGAAACGGUCCCGGCAAUGGUGCAGUGUACAUGAAUGUAUAAAAGCGAGGGAGACACUGGCCUCGACAGGGUCCUCUAGAUGAGGAAGAUCGCGCGGAGGAGCGAGGCGCGAUGGCGACUUUAAUGGAACUAGAGAAACGAACGAA